AUGGAAGUUGAAAUGAUUGGUAAAUACAUUAAUUCCUACAAUCUUCUUGAUGGCGACAUCUGUUUUGAUGAAAAAAAAUUUCAUUCUAGAGAAAUCGAUGAUGAAUUGGCUGUUGAAAUUCUAGAAGAAGAUAUUGCCGCAUCAGAAUCUCUUAAUAGUAAACAAAAGCAUGUCUAUAAUGGAGUGCUGGAAAAAGUAUUUGCAAACCAAAAUGCUGCAUUCUUUGUAGAUGCCCCGGGUGGGACAGGGAAAACAUUCUUAUACAAGGCAUUUCUCGCAACAGUACGAUCAAGAAAAUUGGUAGCACUUGCAACUGCUUCAUUAGGCAUUGCCGCAUUUAUUAUUUUGGGAGGUUGA